AUGGAUGUUCAAUGUGAAUGGAUUUUACCAACAACAAUAACUGAAUUGAGUGCACUUAAAGAAAAUAUUACUAAUUUAAAUCAAUUACAACAAUUAAAAGAAUUAACAUUCUCAUCUAUUCCACAAUGUUCAUUAGAACAAUUAACUACAUUAGAAUUAUAUGAACCACAUGACUUUGAUGGAAUUGAAAAAUUAAAAUGUCAAGAGAUUCAUAUUUUUUAUUAUAGAGGACAAGAAUUAAAUCUUGAUAAAUCCACUGCAAAGAAAGUCAUUAUUAGAGACUGUUUUUCUCAUUCAUUACAUCUUGGAAAUCAAGUAGAACGAUUAGAAAUCAGUAGUAGUGAGUUUAAAAACAUUGAAUGUCCAGAAUCAUUAAAAGAUUUAGUGUUAAACAAUCUUGAUAAUUUAGAAGAAAUCAAAUUCAAUAAGUCUUUAAAAACAUUCCAAUGUAUGCGAUGUAUGAAGCUUACUAAAAUAGAAUUACCAAUAACUGUUGAAUCUAUCAAAAUGAUGAGAAGUGAACAAAAACACAUUUUGAAUUUAGACUAUUUUAAACAACACAACAUAAUCAAUUGA